AUGGCGAUAUUAAAUAUGACACCACCAACCACUACGGACUCCCCCAUGAACCACACGGCCGUCGUUACAGCAGCCCACAUUGCAAGUGCUAUCCCUGUUACCAAUAUAACCGAUGAAGACCGAUAUAUUCCAUAUCAUGACCGGCCGGAAACAUAUAUUGUUCCCAUUGUAUUUGCAAUAAUUUUUGUAGUUGGCGUGCUGGGAAAUGGAACGUUGGUGGUGAUAUUUUUGAAACAUCGAUCAAUGAGGAAUAUUCCGAACACGUACAUCCUUUCACUAGCACUGGCAGAUCUCCUUGUGAUUCUCAUAUGCGUUCCACUUGCCUCAAUUGUUUAUACAUUUGAAUCGUGGCCAUGGGGUGAUACUCUGUGCCGUAUAACCGAGUAUGCAAAGGACGUUUCCAUAGGUGUAUCUGUGUUUACGCUAACAGCUCUCUCGGCAGAACGUUACUGUGCCAUCGUAAACCCGCUGAGGAAGUUACAGACGCGGCCUCUUACUGUUUUCACCGCAACCAUGAUAUGGUUGCUGGCCAUACUGUGUGCAACCCCAGCCGCCAUUGUUUCGGAUACGGUUCCAGUGGUAUUGGACAAUGUAACAAAUAUGACGAUUUACGUCUGUACGCCAUUUGGACCGGAGAGUCCAUAUCAGAAAGUGUACAUCAGAUAUAACGUCAUUGGGAAAGCAAUCACCUACUAUUUGCUUCCACUCUCAAUUAUUGGAGUGCUAUAUGCGUUGAUGGCCCGUCGGCUCCAUUUGAGUGCACGUGAAAUGCCGGGGGAGAUAUCAGGACCACAGAGUCGAACACAAGCCCGGGCCAGGCGUCAUGUCGCCAGGAUGGUUGUGACGUUUGUUAUCGUGUUCAUAGCAUGCUUCCUGCCGUGGCAUGUCUUCCAACUAUGGUUUCAUCUAAAUCCAAACGCCGACGAGGACUAUGAUGACUUCUGGCACGUUGUCAGGAUUGUAGGAUUUUGCUUUAGUUUCCUGAAUUCAUGCGUGAAUCCUGUAGCUCUCUACUGUGUAUCGGGUGUAUUUCGACAGCAUUUCCAUCGCUACCUUUGCUGUCGCCAUACGCAACAACCACAUCGGCUAGGACACCACUCAUCUGCGACUGGCGUUUGCGAUACCAGUUUCAUGUCCGUUCGUCGGACCACCGUCAAUCAUCACCCCACUGCAAAUCACGGACUAAGCAACAAUUCCACCCUAACCUCGAAUUAUCAUCACCACCAUCACAACAACGUGCAACGCCAAACCUCGUUGCAAUUGCAGCACAGUGUCAUCAAUAGUAAUGGCAGCUCAUCACCAACGCAUAGCAUUAUCAUGAGUGAAGCCAGUUGUCAUAUUCGAUUCGGAUUUACGACGAAUAUACUCCAGGCACGUGUUAAUGAUACACAGGCCCAUUGGAACUCCAUAUUCCAAGAUGCGACAAUAAACACUUUGUGCUGUAAAAAGUAA